AUGCCUAAGAGAAAAAAAAUUGUUGGCAGAGAACGUCGAGAGAAAGACAAAUUACGGAAAAGGCAGAAAAGACAGGAGAAGUGUCAGUCGUCCAAGGAAGUUUUAUCUGAUGAGCCUGUGGCAGAUUCCUUUGUUCCUUGCGGAACACUGGAUGGAGCUGUGUCAGCUCCUCCCGGUAAUCUUCCGGGGCAAGGCUCUAUGGGGUUGCCGCCUUAUGAGGAAAAACCCCUGGCCAGGGUGCAGGCCUCACCUCGAGUGAAAAUGCACUCAAAUGCCCCGAGGUUGUCACCUCCUCGGGGAAGUCGUCUGAAUGCCCAAAACGGGGCGUUGGCACUGUCCCCUGACUCCCCAGCGUGGGUUUGUACUCCAGCGAGAGUACCUGGGCACGAUGAUGGCAUUAAGCCUAGCCCAGCAGGUCAGACACAGCUGGAUACCUCCAGGAUGGAGGAGACCAGCAGUACACUAAAAAAAGAUGUGGGCUAUAAAGACAGUAUCAAAGAGUGUAUUAAAGACAGUAUCAAAGAAAGUAUUAAAGACGGUAUCAAAGAAAUGAAAUAUGAACGUGUCUCAAAUGGAAAUUUUACAGUUCUUAAAGGGAAUAUCAAGUCAGAGAAACAAGAUGUUAUGUGUGAAAGACAAAAUAAUGAAAUUGUAAUGGACAAAUGUGAAAAACAAGAGAAAUUGGAAAAUACUCAUAAUACACAAAGAAAUUUAUAUGAAAGAGAAAAGAAUAUGAUCAGACAAAACAUAUUUGAAAGGCUUGAAAGUGAGCUAUUUGAGAAGCAAUGUACAUAUGACAAGAAAAUGAAUGAGAAUCUAUAUAACUUAUGUGACUGGCAAAAGGGUAAAGGUGUGGAUACUUUUAAGAGUAAGAAACCGAAAAUGGAGAACGAAAAUGUUUCAUCUGAACAAAUCACAUCAUUCGAUACGCUUAAUGAUAAUGAAGAGCAAAAGGCAAGUGGGGAAUCAAAAUCAAAGUGUCUUAUUUAUGUGCAGGGUUCUUUUCAUCAAGGCGAUCCAAUGUUUGGAGCUAAUGCUGGAUCUCAGUGUGUGGCAAAUUGUCUAGCUGGAUUAUCUUAUCACAAAGCAAAAAGUAGCAAGUAUUGGAAAACAAUGGACAUGAACAAGAUUUUGGUAACUGGUGAUGAAUUGUAUACUUAUCUUCAAAGAAGUUCAUCAAUUACUAAUAGAUACUUGCUUGUAGAAGAUUUACCCCAGCUAUUUGAAUGCUUUGAUCGAUCAUAUGAUUUUAAAACGCAGAGAACAUUAACAAGUGUCAUUUUGUCAGAAGAAGGUUUUGACUAUUCUGAUUUUGGAGUAUAUUGUUUGAAGGAAGCAGUACAACUUGCUGUUACAGGUACUGAUGGAUGCUUUGUUUGCUUUGGGGGAAACACAUUACUAAUUGGGAAAACAGAAGAUGGUUUCUUUACAUUUGAUUCACAUUCCAGGUCUUCUGAAGGAUUAUUAAGUGUAAGUGGCAAGAGCACGCGAGUACUGUUUGCCAAUACAGAUGAAGUAUGCCUAUAUUUACAGGCUCUAGCUAGAUCCAUGGGAUAUAUUAGAAAUGUUGAAUGUAAUUUGACUGGAGUUCAUUGCAAAAUGAAUUGUGUUUCAGAGACCAGAUCUCAAUUUGAACAAAAACAAGAGGAUAUCGGUUCUGGAACACUUCCUUCUGAUGAAUCAUCCAGGAAUUCAUUUCCAUCACAAAUUACAGGUUCUGAUGCAGGAAUCGAACAUGAUGAUUUAAUUUUUGUCUCAAGUGAAGAUGAGCAGUUCAAUUUUGUUCCUCUUAUUUCUGACACAAAGAGAGAAAUAUGUGACAAUUUAAAUAUUCCCUUCUUGUGUUUUGGUUUCCCUCUUGAAAAUCAGCCAUUUGAAAAGGAAUUGGGAAAACCUUGUGAAGAGCAUAAAAUUUCUGGAGAUGGCAAUUGUUUUUUUAGGGCAGUGUCCUUUAGUUUAACAAAUUCAGAGGAUUAUCAUUAUGACCUACGCAAUGCAGUAUGUAAACAUCUGCUUGAAAAUGAAGACUAUUUCCAGUCAUUUUUAAGAGCUGGUGUAAGAUCUGUUAAAGAUCAUGUCUUAUUGUCGUCAAUGGAAAACACUGGAACAUGGGCAACUGAAGUAGAAAUUGAAGCCAUGUCUCACUUACUAGGUGUUGAUAUCUACACAUUUUCUAACAAUCGUUGGUUAAAGUUUUCAGCAGAGAGAGUUGGUGUUAGCCUGACAGAAAGGAGAUUAGGUGCUAUUUACUUGUGUCAUAAUCACCAAAAUCAUUAUGAUGUUGCUCUUGAUGUUUGUGGACGAGAAUUAGAAACGGUUAAUACACCUGUAUUGCAAUCCAGUUCCUUUGAUCUGAAUUAUAUGAAGAAAAGGCAAAACCGUGAAAGAAUGCAAACCAAAAGAAUCGAUCCUUCGAAGAUGAUUAAGAAAGACAGUGCUGCCAGUACACGAAGACAGUCCUUAAGAAGAAAAUAUCGUGAAGACUUGGAAUUCAGAAAUAAAAAAUUAAAUAUUGCAUAUAGGAAGUACAAAGAGGAUAACGAAUUUCAAACUCUCGUGAAAACACGGAAUAAAGAGAGAUAUAGGAAUGACCCUUUGUAUAAUAGCAAAACUAAAUCAAGAUGUAAGAAUAUUUAUGAAGGCAAUGUGGAAAACAGAGAAAAGAAGAAGCAGGCAAGUGUAAAAAAAUAUGCAACAAAUAAAGCCCAUAAAGAAAAUGUGAAGAUGAGAAGUACUCAAAAGUACAAGACUGACAAUGUGCAUCGAGAGAAUAUAAAGACCAGAAGCAUCAUGAAAUAUAAGUCAGAUGAUAAACAUAAAGAGGACGUGAAAAGGAGAAGCGUGAAAAAGUACAGUACAGACGCUACAUUCAGAAAUGAGGCCAAAAGGAAGAGUAUCAAAAAAUACGAAAUUGACGAAGAACACAGAAAACAAGUCAAAAAAUGGAGCACUGAAAAAUACAAAAAUGAUGAACAACAUAGGAUGGAUGUGAAACGUAGAGCGCUAGAAAAGCACCGUUCUAAUGAGGAAUACAGGAAUAAAGUUAAUAGUGCUGGAACAAAGAGAUAUAGAGCAAAUGAGACUUUCAGGAAAAGGGUUCUUGCAUCAAGGGCAAACAGAUACUCAGUUGAUGUUGCAUUCAGAUCAAAUGCCAAGGCACGCAGUAAAAAAUCAUAUAACGCCAGUUCUGAUGCUAAAAAAAUGAAGAAAAAGACAGUCAAUUUGCAAAGAACUGCAAGGCGAGCAAAGUUGCAAAAGGAAGAAGAGGUAUUGGAAUUAUUUAAGGAAAACACAUUCAAAGGCAUCGAUUUUACAUGCUGCUGCUGCAAUCGAUUGUUAUUUGUUAAUCAGGUUCAGAAAUGUGAUCGACGGAUAUAUCAAAAGAGUGAACUUGCUGCACAUAUUGCAGACUUGUGUAUUCAGGAAAAUUGUUUGCACCAAUGCACAGAAUCUUGCUCAGAAGAUUGCUCGAAGUCUACCCUAUGGAUAUGUUAUACAUGUCAUAGAAAGAUUCUGAGUGGCAACAUCCCAGCAGAGGCAACCGUCAAUAAUAUGUUUUUGGAAGAUAUUCCAAGGGAACUUAAAGACUUAAACAGUUUAGAACAACAUCUUAUUGCCUUACACAUCCCAUUUAUGAAGGUCAUGGCUCUUCCACAGGGUGGCCAGAGAAAUAUACAUGGGCCUGUUGUGUGUGUGCCAUCGGAUAUGAAAAGGGCUGCAAGCUUACCACUUAAGCAUGGAGAUGAUUUGUUGUUGAGAGUGAAACUGAAAAGAAAGUUAAAUUAUCGUGGUUAUUUUGAGUACCAGUUUGUAAACCCAAACCAUGUUUUUACAGCUUUAAAUUACUUAAAGAAAAACAAUCAGUGGUACAAAACUGUAAGAAUAGAUACAGACUGGGGAAAAGACUACACAGAUGAUGAGGACUUCAAAGAUGAGGGACAGGAACAAGAGAAGGCAGCAGACGAUGAGAGUGAUGAAAUUCAACAGGUUGCUAUUGAUACUUGCCUACAACCUGUUGAUAUUGCACAAGAAGUUCUUGACCAUUAUUUUGAUGAUAUUUACAAUAUUGCACCCGGUGAAGGUAAAAACCCAGUUCGAAUGUUACAAGAACCAGGCAAUGAAGCUAAAACAUUUCCCUGUCACUUCCCAACUGGAAAAUUUUCAUGGAAUGAGGAGAGAGCAACAAGAAUUACAUUAGCUAGAUAUUUCAACAACAGACUCAUGAAUGCGGAUGAUAGAUUUGCGAAAGAUAGCAAUUACAUCUUCUUUAGUCAGUAUAUGUCAGAAUUAAAUCAAGUUAUAGAGAAAACUCAAAUUUCUAUUAGAAAGUCUGUUUCAAAAUUUGGGACGGGGAAGUUGGUUACGUCAGACAUGGUACAAGAUCCAGAAAUACUCCGUACGUUACUACAGAAGGAUGAAGCACUAAGGUUCAUGCAACCAAUUCGUGGAACACCAGCAUACUGGUCUUGUGCACAGAAGGAUCUCUUUGCUAUGCUCCGCCAGUUAGGAAUACCUACAUGGUUUUGCUCUUUUUCUGCUGCAGAGCAUAGAUGGAAUGAUGCAAUUAGAACAAUUUUGAAGCAACAGAAUGAUAAUAGAGAUCCAAAUACACUGGACUGGUCAGAAAAGAACGAAACAUUAAGGAGUAACCCAGUAACAGUUGCAAGGAUGUUUGAACACAGAUUCCAUGUCUUCCAUAGAGAUGUUGUUUGUUCUCCAUCGAUUCCAAUUGGAAAAAUUGUUGAUUAUUUUCAAAGAGUCGAAUUCCAACAGAGGGGAUCACCCCACAUGCACUGUUUAUACUGGGUUGAAAAUGCACCUAGACUUGAAGAACAUGGAGAGAAAGCUGUUUGUGAUUUCAUCGAUAAGCACGUAACGUGUGAAGUGCCUUCAGAGAAAGAUGACCCCGUCUUGCGAAACACAGUCCUAGCAGUACAACAACACAGUAAGAAACACUCAAAAUCGUGCAGAAAGAAAGGAACAGAAUGUAGAUUUAACUAUCCAAGACCACCUUCUCGGUGCACGUUCAUUAGCUCACCAUGUGACGAAGAUGACAAGAAGGAGAACCCUGAACAGACAAAGCUAUCAAAUAUAGGCAAAUCCCGAGCGAAAGACAUAUUAAUGGCUGUUUGGAAUGAAGUACAAAAUGAGUCAAAUGAGUUAAAAUCUACUGAGGAAAUUUUCUGUAAAAUUUCUUUGACUCAGGAAAUGUAUGAAGAAGCAUACAACAUAUUGGCGAAAAAAAAAUCCAUUAUUCUAAAAAGAAAUCCCAGUGAACUUUGGAUUAAUCAGUAUAACCCAUGCCUCUUGAAAUGUUGGGAUGCUAAUAUGGAUAUUCAGUUUGUGUUAGAUCCUUUCAGUUGCAUUGUAUACAUAAUCUCGUACAUUUCCAAGUCUGAAAGGGAAAUGGGUAUGCUACUCAAGCAAACAAAGAUAGAGGCAGAAGAAGGAAAUCUUGAUGCACAUCAAACUUUAAAGAGAAUCGGAUCUGCUUAUUUACAUCACAGAGAAGUCAGCGUGCAAGAGGCAGUAUACCGUGUUUGCAAUUUAAAAAUGAAAGAAUGUUCAAGAAAAGUAGUUUUCGUGCCUGUUGGAGAAAAUCCUACUCGAUUAAGUAAACCACUCUCUCAGCUCAAAAGGCAAAAAAGAGAAAGUCAUGACGAUAACGAGGAUGUGGAUGAAGAUGACAAUGACAUUUGGAUGACAAAUAUAAUAGAGAGGUACGAAAAUCGACCAAACAAAAUACUUUUUCACAAAAUGUGUUUGGCAGAAUUCUGUUCUGAAUUCAGAGUCUUAGCAAAGUCCCAGGUUCCGAAAAAUGAGAACAAAAAUGUGUUUGAGCUGCAAAACGCAAAGGGAUAUAUCCAGAAAAGAACACGUACAAUGCCAGCUAUAAUUAGGUAUCCAAGAUUCAAUGCAGAUAAGACAUCUGAGAAAUAUUACCAGUCGCUACUCCAGCUUUUCUUACCACAUUGGAAUGAAGCACAGCUGAAACCACCAGGGUUUGAUUUGUACGAAGAGUUUUAUGCAAAUGGGCACAUAAAAAUAAAAGGUAAUCAAAGGGUCCAGUCGGUUAAAUCACUCGUGGACAUGAAUCAUGCUCGGUAUGCAGCAAAUGAAGAAGUGAUAGCAGUGGCUAUGGAGACGUUCGAAAAUAUUGGUGAACCUGAAGACGCAUGGGCAAAUCUCUGUCCAGAAACAGAAAUGAUGAGAGAUGAAUGUGCUGUCGAGAAAGAUAAAGUUGAUAGCUUACUUGAAAAUGUUGCAGAAGAAAUACCUGACAUGCAAAAUGAGACAAAUUCCGAUGUGCUGUAUCAUAUUCAGCAGAAUUGUCAUUCAAGGGAAGAUAUCCUACCGGUCUUGCAAAAUUUAAAUGAAAGACAGAAGGAUAUAUUUUAUCACGUUAGAAACUGGUGUGUAGCAAAAAUCGCUGGAGAGAAGCCAGAUCCACUGCACAUUUUUAUAACAGGAGGUGCAGGUACAGGAAAAAGUCAUGUUGUCAAGGCAAUACAUUAUGAGGCAUCCAGAUUAUUUGCUCCAAGCCUAUUCUCGCCAGAUGGUGUACCAGUACUUCUUACAGCUUUCACAGGAACAGCUGCAUUCAAUAUAGGUGGAAGCACUUUACAUCACGUAUUUGCCUUGACAAAAUAUUUGCCAUUGCCAUACCAACCAUUGAAAGAACAGAGUCUAAGUGAGUUAAGAGUGCAACUGAGAGAUUUGCAGAUUCUUGUGAUAGAUGAAGUAUCAAUGGUCUACAAAAAACUUCUUUUCUACAUUCACGAGAGACUAGUACAAAUAAAGAAGUGUAAACAGCCAUUUGGUGGUGUGAGUGUAAUUGCAGUUGGCGACUUUUAUCAACUCCCUCCUGUGAAGCAACGCAAAGAUGAGAGAUUAUACAAAGAGAACACUUCAUAUCCAGUAGACUUUUGGAGGGAUUUCUUCAAAGUCAUUGAACUAAGUGAAAUUAUGAGGCAACGUGAAGAUGUACCGUUUGCAACUGCUUUGAAUAAUUUGCGAAUUAGGGAAUCUGAUCAGGCUAUAGAGAAUGAAACACAGUUGAUCAUAUCUAAUUGUAUCAGAGAAGGACCCGAAGACGUUCUGCAUGUGUUCUCUACAAAUGAAGAAGUAAAUAGUUACAAUGUAACAAUGAUAAGGAAAUCAUGUGAAGAUCUUGUGGAAAUUGAUGCACAGGACUAUCAAAAAAAUGCGACAACAGGAAAACUUACAUUGAGAGAGAAACCACUCAAAGGAUCAAAAACUGACAGUCUUGGAAGUUCUUUGCUACUUGCUGUAAACGCAAGGGUAAUGCUUACAAGAAAUUGUGAUGUAAAAGAUGGGCUUGUGAAUGGUGUUGUGGGAUAUAUAACACAUUUCCAGUAUGGUGAAAACACAUCGAAUGUUGUAGGUAUUGGAGUGAUAUUUGACAACAAGAAUGUUGGAAAACAAUCAGGGAGAAAAACGCAGAAGGGAAAUGUUGUUUUAAUUGAAAGGGUUCAAGAAGAGAUGAUCGAAAAGAAACCGAGAACAGUCAUAAGGCAUCAGUUUCCUUUGCGGUUAGCAUGGGCCUGCACAGCUCAUAAAGUACAGGGAAUGACUGUGGAAAAAGUAGUUGUGAAUUUAGAUCGUACGUUUUCACCAGGACAAGCCUAUGUUGCCUUGUCAAGAGUGACAUCUCAGCUAGGGUUAUUUAUAGAAACCGAGAAUGAAAACGGGUUACUUAAAAAAAUAUAUGCUGAUUCAGGAGUGAAAACAGCCUUGGGUGAAAUGACAAAAUUACAUCUUCAAGCAUAUCCCUUGAACUCAUCAGAGUGCAACACAAUUAUUCUGCACAACAUUCAGAGUUUACAAGGCCACGUUCCGGAUUUUGAACAUGAUAUCCGAUUCAGAGAUGCGGAAAUCAUCUGCUUGACAGAAACUUGGCUACGAUCAGAACAAAAUACAGCCUAUUUCGAUAUUGAAGACUACAGAUUUCAUCACAAAGCGAGAGAAGAUCUAUAUGACAACACUAACGAUCAAACACAAAAACACCGCCUUGCAAGGGGUGGGGGAGUAGCACUGUAUACCAAAGAUAAUGAAAUUCAGAAGAUAGUUAGUUCUCUUCCCGUCAGAAAUGUUGAAGGAAUUGCAGUGACAAUGAUUAAACAUGAUGUCUUAAUUGUUACCAUUUAUCGACCAAAUACUCUAAGUGUUCCCCAAUUUCUUGAUCGCCUCCAAAACAUCAUUGAAUUCUACAGAAAAUGCAACAAACAUAUCAUUUUUCAUGGAGAUUUUAAUGAAGAUGCGAAAUCUGGAGGUCCCAUUCAAACAUUCAUGAGUAACCUUGGUUUUAGACAAGUUUUUAAUUUUUGCACUACAGAAAGGGGUACUAUAUUAGACCACGUAUAUGUGUCUGGACACAUACAGGUAGAGGUCUCGAAGCUUCCAACAUAUUAUAGCUACCAUGAUGCUGUGAUUCUUAAACUUUUAACCUAG